AAGCAAAUGGCGUCAAAUGUCAAAUGAAUAAGAAUAAUUGCUUGGUCGAUUGCGUUUGCGUGUGUUCUUUCCCGUGGUAAUUUAUUUAGUUUAUUGUUAACCAUGGCUGGGUUUACGGAAAACGCGUUAAUACGUAAACUGCAGGAAUUAAAUUCUAGUCAACAAAGUAUUCAAACAUUAUCUUUGUGGUUAAUUCACCACCGAAAACACCAUGCCGCAGUAGUGAAAACUUGGUAUAAAGAAUUGUUGAAAGCUAAAGAUAGCAAGCAGCUUACAUUCAUGUACCUUGCUAAUGAUGUCAUUCAGAACAGCAAAAAGAAGGGUCCUGAAUAUGGAAAAGCUUUUGGGGAAGUCCUUGUAGAUUCUUUCAAGCAUAUGGCUAAAACUGGUAUCAGUGAGAAGACCAAGAACUCCCUUCAUAGAAUUCUGAACAUCUGGCAAGAGAGAGGUGUUUACGAUGCUCAGAAAAUACAAGAGUACAAAGUAGCAGUGGAUCCUAACGAUGCUGUUCCGAUUCCCAAAAAAGUGAGUAAGCGUAAAUCAGUGGACUCUGAAACCAAAGAACCGGAGAAGAAGCCGAAGACAGAACACAAGGAGAGGCCCUCGCGCCACGAGAGGAGGCGCAGUGAGACCAAAGUGGAGGUGGAUGGACAGAUUGAGACCCACAUCACACUGAGCCCGAAGACUCCACCUGGUGAUCCACCAGAGCCUGAGGAACUUAUUAAGGCUUUGCUAGAAUUGGAAUCUAGCGCUUCGAGCGACGAAGCGGUGCGCGAGCGCAUCGCGUCCCUUCCGCCGGAAGUGUCCGAAGUGCAAUUAUUGUCUAAGUUAGAAGAUAAAGAAUCCGCGUUGUCGCUCAGUCACGUGGUGAACUCGGCCGUGGAACUACUAGCGGAAUACAAUCUCAGACUUUCCGAAGAAUUGGAGAAGAGGAGGAGGGUCGCUUCCAUGCUGAGGGACUUCGCGCAGGCGCAGCGGGACUUGGCCAAACAGGCGGAGGCUAGGCUCGAGGAAUACAACAUAAAGCUACAAAAAAUCUUCGCUGUCAAGAACGAAGUGAAAUCUCACCUCGACAAUCUUCCAGACGUCUCACGUCUCCCGGACGUGACGGGGGGGUUAGCGCCUUUGCCUUCAGCCGGAGAUCUCUUUAGCGUUUGAAACCUAAUAAUUGGCCAAAUAAGAUUGCUAAGGAACAGCUGAUUGGCCGGCUUUUGUGGUGCGUAUGCAAUCGUUUGUAGAUAGAAAUGUUAUUAGGCAAUUGUAAAGUUCACGUACUAGACUGGCGAAUUUGUUCCAUCAGUCUACUGAGUGAGUAGAGUAGUUCGAAAGAGGGACAUCGCAGCCUAUUCAUACGACACUACUCCUACCAUGCAAAGUUUUGUUCAUUGAAAUAUGAGCUUUAAUGCGUUCUAGAUAGAUAUAUUUCGCAUUGACAACAUAUUAGCAGACAACUCACUACUUUACAGCUCUUUGUAUUCAAUGUAAAAUAUAUCUACAGUAGACGCUUUAAAGCUCACUUUUCAAUGAUGUUUUUUCAGAUGGGAGUGGUGUAGUAUAAAUUGACUUUUAAAUAGAAUAUACUGAUUAAUUAUUUUAAGUGUUAGAAAUGAAAGCGUUAAUGCCGUACCGAACGUAAUGAUGAUAAAAGCUGUUACAGUCGUCUAGUGCGUGAAGUCUUACCCUCUCAUUCAUAAACAAGUUAAAGCAUAAGCUUAUAAUAUUUGGCAUUGACAGAAAGAGACAAAACAUAUUUUAGCUUAAAGUGUGCUUCAACUGUUUUAAUAAAAUAUAAGAGAGUCUGUCUAUAAAGAUUAAAAACGGAUAUUUAUAGAACUUAAUAUUUUGCCAUUGCAACACCAAAUCGAAUGGUUAAGAUUGCUUGAUUAGCUUUUAUUGUUGCCAAAUGCCUCGUUCAUUUUCUAUUCUUUAUAGAUAGACACUUUAACCCAAUAUUUCAAUAUUUGUGACAGAGUAUUAAUUUACAAAUUACAUAACUGUACGGUUUAUUAUUGAUACUAUAUACAGAUAAAACUGAACUCACUGUCAGCUCUUUUCAUAUCGGGCGAUGCGGUAGAAGUGUGUUGUGACCUUACAAGGGCAGUAGCAAUAGUUCUAUCUCAUGUGGCUACGCUGACCACGUGUCUCUAGUUUUUUUGUCUUUGAUUUUUACCAAAAAAUGUAUAUGCGGUGGUAUUGAGACCGAAUUGCACACAAAUAAAAUGAUGUAUAUUUCGAAGAAUAUAAUUAUAUAAUUUCUUUAUAUAUAAUCUGAUUCAUCUUUCCAUGAGUUGGCUCUUCCACAAAACCAUAUUAAAAGUGAAACUAUGCCAGUAGUUUUAGAAACUGUAAAGAAAUGUUUCAGUAUAACUUUUAAUUUGAAUUCUGUUUAUUUACCAUAUAGGUAACAGCAUUAUUAUUUUUUGUGACAUUUCUUAAUUCGUUUUUCUAAAUUAGGUCUUACUUGUCUGCUUAAAAUGAAACUUAAAUUAUUGACAGCUCUUCAACCAAUCACGGCCGACCAAAUAUGUCCCAAAUAGACUCAUUAUUUUAGUAAUCAUUAAAAAAAAUCAUAUUGUUUAAUUGUUUACUGUUUAAUUCAAAUUCAUUGUGUUGGUUUGUUGAUUAUUAGCCGCUAUUUUAGCCGAAUUUUCAAAUACUUGUGUAUUACAAUAUACAUAUGUCAGAAAAAUUGUAUUUUUUAAAUUGUACCUAUUGGAAAUCUUUUAAUGACUUAUAUAAUAAACAAAAUCAAUUAUGUUUUUCACAUUAUUUUAAACCACACAAUAAUUUUACAUAAUCACCUCUUUAAGUGUGUUUUUUUUCUUGAUUCUGUUUUGAAGUAUACUUACAUAUAUUUUUAAGUUUCAGUGUGUAUAAAGUUUUAGAUUUAGUUGUAUGUUUAAGGGUUUCGUUUUCGUGGCGCUAUGCCAUUUAAUUGGAUGUGUUAAUUAAUUAUAUAGUUUGUAGAUUAUUUGACAUUGAAACUCGAUUUACAUAGCAUGUACAAAUUUUCUGUUAAAAUCUGAGAUUGUAAAUUAUUUCCAUCGUAAUUUUAGUGCCUGUUUAGACUUAACUUUCUCAUUAAUUUGGUUCAUAUACUCCUAAUAAUAUUAUGUCGAUAAGCAAAUGCUGUGAUUAGAAUGCUCUUGAAUACGAAACUUGUUAAGCAAUUACAAACUUAUUUAAUAUGAGCAGUACUUAUAUUAGUACAUACCUAACCUACAUAUGUGUUAUUAGUUAUAUCCUGUCGUCCAAUAGGACAUUUCAGUGGAACCACGUGGUUCUACCGAAUUGAUACGGAAGAAGACGCAGCUGAUAAUUUUUUUCGAGAUUGUGUAAUUGUGUCACAUUUGGAAUCGCCUUUCUUUGCUGAAUUCGAAUAAGUGUAAAUAUAUUUUUUUAAAUCUGAUGCUUGUUUUUAAGUUGGCUUUAACUAAUAUUUCAUCGGUUUACAUAUUGCAAAAACAUAAAUAAAAUAUGCUCAUCGAGAUUAUGCUUUCGUUAAUCAGACAAUGUUUGUUAAAAUUAUCAGCCAUAUGUACACUAUUCUAAACCCAGUUUAUUAUAACAAGUGGUUUUAAGCUAUGCCUAACUAUACAGUGCCUUUAACUGGCACCGAAAUUUAUUAUAGAUACGUAUUUAUUAGUGCAAGUUUGUACAUAAUAUAGGUAAUUUUUAGUUUUUCAGUCGAGGUUUGAGUAUUUGUGGAUAGUUGCCAUUAAAAAAAUAAUUCUGUAUUCCUAAAAAUGUGUGUAAUAAAAUAUGUAAAACUUAUAAGUAUUACAUAUUUUAUAACGAUCUGUCGCUACUGUUAAAAGUAUAUGAUAGAAAAGGAAGUGUGUAUUACUUCUCUUUCUUUUGUAUACUUGCAUCCCUUUCUGUUGCAGCGAGAGAUUUCAAAAUGUGUAGACUGUUUUAGUUUGCACUUACUUUUAAAAUAUUAAACAAUCUACAACUUUAUUUAAAUAUUGACUGAAACGACGAUAGAAAAUUUAUUUUUGAGGUUGGAGUUUUGUGAACCAAAUAUUGUAAAAGAUUACGGUGCGUGUUAGUUUAAAUUGAUUAUAUUAUUUAGCUAUUACAGUCUAUGUACAGCUAGAUCGCUCAUAUGAAUAUAUUUGUUAUAUUAACAUAA